AUGACUCCCAGAGCAAUCAUUGCGCCCUCGGUGCUGAGCGCCGACUUUGCCAGCUUUGGCCACUCGUGCGCUCGCACCAUGGAGCAGGGCGCCGACUGGCUUCACGUCGACAUCAUGGAUGGCCAUUUCGUUCCCAACAUGACUUUUGGCGCGCCCGUCGUCGCCAAGAUUCGCGGCUUCGUCGAUCGGCCGACCGAGAACCACGGCCGCGGCACCUUUGACUGCCACAUGAUGAUUUCCGAGCCCAAGAAAUGGGUCAAGACCUUCAAGGACGUCGGCUGCGACCUAUACUGCUUCCACUACGAAGCCGCCUUCUCCACCGACGCCACAGACCCUGAGCACACCUCGGAGGGCAAGACGAACCCCGGCGAUCUCAUCCGCUAUAUCCACGACCAUGGCAUGCUCGCCGGCAUCGCCAUCAAGCCCGAAACCUCUGUCGAUGUGCUGUGGGAGUUCCUCGAGAGCGCCGAUCCCAAGGAUCACCCUGAUAUGGUCCUCGUCAUGACAGUCAACCCCGGCUUUGGCGGCCAAAAGUUCAUGGCCUCGGAGCUCCCCAAGGUGCAGGCCCUGCGCCAACGGUAUCCCGACCUCAACAUCGAGGUCGACGGCGGCCUCGGACCCGGCACCGUCGACCAGGCCGCCGAGGCCGGCGCCAACGUCAUUGUCGCCGGCAGCGCCGUCUUUGGCGCCAAGGACCCGGCCGAUAUGAUUGCCCUGUUACGCAAAGCUGUCCAGGAGAGAGGCGGCAAGCUCUAG